AUGAUUGACUAUGGGAACAUUAUUAAGUUCAUACCUAACCGUUCGCAAACUCCAAUACAAGAUGAGUCUAACAAUGCCUCGUCUAAUGUUGUUAAUUCACAAUUGAUUUCAAACGAAUCAAAACACCCAUCCUCCCCUCCACAUCUGCAGCAGCAGGCCAAAAAACCUCACCUACGAAAUAAUUUUAAAAGAACGUUGCGACCAUCAAAUUCGAUGUCAUUUCGAGAUGGGAAUACUACUGUCUUAGCUCGUUCUUCCUUCAACAUAAGACGUGCUCAAUAUGGUGCAGGUACAUUUAACCAUGGUCGUACAAUAAUAAAUCGAAAUGGUGAACAAUAUAUCGAAGAUAUGAAUGAACGUAUUGAUCGACGUUUUGUUCGAUCUAUUGAUAAUAAUGGAGUAAAAAGAUAUUAUGAAGUAAUCGAUAUAAUACCGACAAAAACUGUUCGACGGUAUAAACAGUCACAUGGACAAAAUACUUUGAAAUCAACGAAGUACGAUCAAUCUGAAAGACCAGUACGGAUAAAUAGUUUUCGACAAUCAGUUCAAUCACCACUUUUAGAUUUUACGGGCAUGGAUAAUCCACAGCACAUAAAUGAUGAAUAUCAUCGCUAUCUACAGACAUUCAAUGAAACCAAUAAUGUGACUAACCUAACUUCACAAGAACAUUCACUUUUGACAAAUGAUUCAUCUUCGAUGAACACUGCCGACGUAUCGAGUAAUACUUCUGUUCCAAAUGACAAUUAUUUUCGUAGACGCAAACCGCCCAAAGCGAGUGUCACGAGUAGUUCAAAAACAAAAAUGUUUUAUAAUAAUAAUAUACCACCAGCAGAUAUUAAUCGAAAAACUAGUGAUUCUGUCUCUGCGAGUUCUUCACAAGAAAGUAAAGAAAAUAAAAAAUCAGAUCGUCCUGUCAAUAAUAAUCAAUAUGUACGGAGUGCACAAAGCGAUCCACGUGCAAUUAUUAAUAAUAUAACGUAUAUAUAG